AAAAACAAAUAAUCAGUUAAAAAUCGAGCUAACGAAAUUUUCAUAUAUUUAUAUGAAUAAAAAAAUAAUUUAUAAACAAUUUAAAUAGUGAGGCUACACACACACUUAACUAGCUUGCUACAUAUUUACGGAACUACAGUAAAACCUGCCUACAGCACAACUGCUGCCAGAUUUGAUGUACUUCGUUUGUAAUUAUCGGAUCAUUAAAUUGCACAAAAUAAUAUUUUCAAUUUUCGUGUACUAACUGUUUAGCUUAGGCAAGCUUUACUGUACUGAUUUAUGUUUUUGUAUAUGUUUUGCUUCUGGAUCAACGCAAAUGGCAAAAGCUGUUUUAGAGUUAACGCUUGAAAGGGGCGCAUAUUUGCAAAAGAGGGCGUGUCAAGUUGUUUAGUCGCCUGCAGGUAAUAUGCUUAAUGCAUAGAUAUAAACGAUCAAGUCUCAAGAAAAAUGAACAAAUUAUCGAAUGCACUGAUUUUUUGAUUCAAAUACAGGUUACCAAAAGUCACGCUUGAAAGGGGCGGCCGGUGGGAAAGUAGGCGUGACAGGGUGUUUGGUAGUCUCCCAGCGACUCGUACAUAUCUUUGUAUGCCUUAAUAUUUAGAGCGAAUGCAAAAUGCUUCUCAUCAAAAGCUGCUUUUUCGGCAGGGCUUAACGCUUGGACAGGUUAUCAUAGCCACAGCUAGGGGAACGGGUGGACAGGUGUGGAGGGGAGCUUGGGCUAGACUAUGUGGCCUGCAUGACAAUUAAUUAGUCGAGGUGGGCGACCACGUAUUGUCUUUUACAUUUGGCUGGGCGUCCGAUUGAGUAACUUGGCAUUGAUUACGACAAAAGACAAGAGGGGAAAACAGAUAUAUAUAUACAUAUAUAUGGAUUGCAAAUCGGUGGACAAUUCAUGCUGGACAAGCGCUAGCCGAAAUUUAUACAAAUCAGUUGAAUUUCGUGUGGACAACUGAGAGGAACUGCGACUUUAAAGGGUAGCGAAAUGUGGAAUUACAUGUUAAUUGCAUUCGGAUUAGUGGGGCUGCAGCUGUUGCUGCUGGGCACGGAGGCUACGCUCCUGGAGGCCUUUGACUUCUCCAAUGUGGACUUGGUCAAUUUUCAAUAUUUCAAGAAUUUGGACUCUCAAGAUCCACGCUAUGGCGCACAGGCCAAUCCCAUUAUAGUGCACUUCCAGAAAAAGAAAGCCGUCUUGGAUUACAUCGAACGACUGUUCCUGGGCAAUUCGCCGUUCCAGCAACCGAGCGAAAUACCCUUCGAUCCACACUUCGGUCGCAACUGGCGGCCAGUUUACGAGCGAAAAUUUGGGCGAAGAGGCGAAAAUCUAAUUGCAGCGCUCGGCGCGGGCUACUCCCUAAAUCAACUGCGACACUUUGGCGCGAUACCACGCAGCACGAGCUGAUCCUUGAGGCAGUAUAUUAGUACUUUAAUGUAUUUAUGAAAUAAAUUGUAAGUUUCGUCUUUUAAUUUUAGUUUC